AUGGUGGGGAUGAAGAAAGUUAAUGUGCACACGAGGAAAGGUGCCAAGACGGGAAACAGAAAGAAAGGUAAAGGAAGAUUUGAUGAAGUUGAUAACGAUGAAGAUCAUGUGUUGCCACAGCGUGCGUUUUCCCCGUUUCGUGCUCCAACGACAACUUUCUCAUGUUUCAUGCAACAAUUGGAACAUAAAAAGGCUUCCGUUAGAGAGGAAGGAUUAGCGGCUUUUAUUAAAAUCUUUAACGAAGGAACUCAAGACAGUAUUUUAGAAAAACGCUUUGUUACUUACCUGUACCAAGUUUUGAAUUGCCUUAAAAAAGGUUUGACUAAAGAGAAACAAUUGGCUUCUCAAGCUCUUGGGCUAAUGGCAAUAACAGCUUUUGAAACUGAUAAUGUAGAAGAAAUAUACACAUACACAAUUUCUUUAGUUACUGAACUACUGCAAAUUCCUAACAAGAGUUUGGAACCAUGCGGCUUUAUCGCUCUUAUAGAGUGUUUGGUCAUAGUCACGUCUUUCUGCGCAAGCAAUUCAACGCAAAUUCAAGAAGUCAUGCAAAUGAUUUGGGAAUAUAUAUGUCCUAAAUCCAAGCUUAGUGCACUUAGAAACCAAGCCCAUGCUGCUAAUCUAUUAAAAUUGAUUUAUGCUUGGUUGUUCUUACUUACAAAAGUAGAUAGCUGGGAAAUCAUCUACGGUCAUUGGCAAGGGGCAAUUUGUCAAUUCUUAUCUUUACUCAAAGAAGAUGCAACUUGCGUUGUUGCCGGUGAAGCAUUAGCUUUGAUAUUUGACUGCGAUAAAAUUGAUAAGUUUUUUGUUAAAACUGAAGAAUUAUUAUUAGAGUCUUACGAUGGAUUAAGAAAAUACGUUAAAGACAUUAUUUUGAAGCAAUUAGAGAGCACUUCAAUGGAAGCUAAAACUGCACUUCCUCUGAAACAAAUGUUCAACAAUGCUGCUAGAGCCGAUUGGGACGUCUUAAUGUACUUUAAGGAAGAUAAAUGUCCAAAAUAUUAUGAAAGAUUUAAUGGACAAAAAUUAAUUCUAUCAUCAUGGUCUUCAAUUAUACAGGGAAAUAAAGUCAUCCAGCAAUUAUUUACAUUUAUACCGUACCAUGAAGAGGAAGAUACUCCGUGCCUCUAUGAACCUAUUUUAGAAAAGGUUGAAGCAAGGGUAUAUUUUCCUGUUACUCGAGAGAAAGAUCCUGAGCUGUUAAUAAAAAGUGAAAUAAAGAAAGAACGAGAACAAAUAAAGUCAAUUAUUGAUAGAUCAAAGACAAAACUUAUGAAUAAAAGACGCAUAUUUGCAGAGGAGAGGAAAGGCAAAGUGUAUUGCAAUGAAGUUGAAUAG